AUGAGUCGCAGGCUGACCAAGUUGCCGUUGCUAAAGAAGAAGGACAGCAAGGAGUCCAACCUUCAGGUCAAUCGUGACCAGCAGCAGUGGGACCGCCAGGUAGCCCAUUUCUCUGGCUCCCACCCAUCCACUUCCCCAGACGCAGCCACUCGGAGAACCACGCAGCUCCUGCCUCUGCUUGUGAAGUCUUCCGCAGCUCCAAUGCAGGCCAGGAAGAGGGUUCAGCUUCCAGCGCUGGUGCUCCCCGACCUGGGCCAAAGGACAACCCUGAGGACCACUCCAGGGACUGCUCAGGCGGACGACCAGCAAGGCGAGAAAGAGCCCAUGGCCUUGCCAAGGGUGCCGGAGAGGGAAAGCUCUCAGAGGAGCAGCCUAUCCCAGGGGAGAAGGCCUUCCAAGGCCCUCCUGCCUUUAUAUCCAGAACUCUCCGACCAAUGUUUCCAAACCUUCUGGGAGAGCAAGGAGCCACUGAAUGGCAGAUCUGUGACAGAGAUGUUGGAGCAGAUGGAUGAAAAGGAAAUACUAGAUACCAUCCUGGAGCAUCUUCGUCCCUCCCUGCAUAUCUCUGCAGGCCCCCAACUGCCCAGGAGGAAAACGGAUGGACUUCCCUCCCUCCACCAGAAGUCUGCGCUCCGAGAAAGUCCUUCCCAUCUCUUGCCUCAAGAGAAGAUUUCGCUUUACAAAUACUACGGGGUGAAACUACGCAACUCGAGACAGAAAGACCUGGUCAAGGAACAACUGAAAAGUCUUCUGGGUUUUUCAUUUCAAGAAGAAACAGACAGAGAAGGAAUCUCUGAAGCCAUCGGAGUGGUUGCCUUUUGCCAUCUUCCUGAGAUCCUGGUGGCCCUGAGGCAGGUUGGCCACUUUGUGCGUGCAAAGAAACCUGCUCUGCAAGAAGCCCCCUUUCAGGACCCACACUCUUGUUUUGAGAGACAAAUUCGCACAGCCGUGAUCCUGUGCUAUGGCCACGCAGCCCUGGGAGCCCAGCCAGAGGACCUGAUGCCUUUAGCGGAACACAUUGUCUCUGAGAUUCUCUUCCAGUAUUGGACCAGGAACAAGGAUGAAGCCUUGACGAAAGCGUUCCUGACGUCCGUGAUCAGGAUCACCAAGGCUCUUGUCCAGACCAAGAGUCAGGAUGUCCAUUUACCCCACAAAUCUGAACUGGCCCUCAAUAUAAAUGAAGUCAUUGAAAAUGAGCCCGUGAGUCCCUUGUCCGUCAGAAUUCUUCAUCAAGCAAUCAUCGCAAUCACCUCCAUGACUCGUUUGAAGCCUACAUUGAACACUGAGGUGAUGUCUAAGUUGGUGAACACAAGCAUCCAGAAGGUGUUUUCCCUGCCGGCUAUGACCAUGACCAAAGUGAAUGCAGGUAGCCCAAACCAGUCAACCUAUACUCAGGACCUUUACCACCGGACGGUGACCGCCUGCAGCGCCAUGCUCACCAGCUUGCUGUCGGAGGCUCCCAAUUUGGAUUCCCUGCAGGAGAUCUUGAUGCACACAAAUAUCUGGAUUGAAUCUCCCAAGAUUCAUGAGAGAGAGAGGGCCAUUAAAAGCACCCGGUACCUCCUGAAGUUUGUUUCUGAACAGACAGAUUUCGACACCACAGCUGACUUUUAUCUGCUGGGGCAGCUGGUGGCGUUGCUGGGCCUGCACAUUGGCGACAGUGUCAAAGAAAUUGGCCAGACCUCUGCGGAGGCCGCCUACCACCUCCACUGCAUCAUCCUGAACAAAAUGGCUCAAGAGAUGGCGAUGAAGCCCAAGAAUAAAAAGGGGCAUAAUGUGACAUGGGCAAAGGAAGAUCUCCAAAGUUCAAGCCCAGGGAUCUUCUAUAAUGAUAUCUCCAUAAUGGCUAAGGUACCCAAGAUCCUCAGGGAAAUUUACCAUCGUCUCCCCAACAUCAGUGAACCGGCCACAAAACAAAACACCCUGAAGUCCGUGUGUCACCUGGCAUCUAAAUGGGUGAAAGAAGUGGUGGACUUUCUCCUGGAACGCUCCCCGGAUUGCGAUCA